CCGUGAGGGGAGCGCUGGGCAGCGCCAUAUCCCGGCCCCCCCCCCGCCGCCCCGGCACCGCGCGCAUGCGCGCUGAGCUGCUGCGGGCACCUGCGCAAUAGUGAUCCCCCGGUCGCUCUCGGCGGAGACCGGCCCGGGAGGACAUGCUGCCAAAUAGUGAUCCCUAGCUGCUGGUGGUCUCCUGAGGGGGCUGCGGGGUCCGGGGCCGUCCCCACACACCGCACCUGCCCGGACACCGCUCCCCGCCUCCCUCCGGCCUCCCAGCAGCGCCGCACCGCCGGCGGGGCCGCUCCUCGGGCCGCGAGGUGCAGCUCAGCUCCGUUUCCUGCCGCCUGUGCCCUGCCCGAUUCCAAGCUGGCGAUGUCCAGGGUGCCGAGUCCCCCCCCUCCGGCAGAGAUGUCCAGCGGGCCCGUGGCCGAGAGCUGGUGCUACACACAGAUCAAGGUGGUGAAGUUCUCCUACAUGUGGACCAUCAACAACUUCAGCUUCUGCCGGGAGGAGAUGGGGGAGGUCAUCAAGAGCUCGACCUUUUCCUCUGGAGCCAACGACAAGCUCAAGUGGUGUUUGCGUGUGAACCCCAAGGGCCUGGACGAGGAGAGCAAGGAUUACCUGUCCCUGUACCUGCUGCUGGUGAGCUGCCCCAAGAGCGAGGUCAGGGCCAAGUUCAAGUUCUCCAUCCUCAAUGCCAAGGGAGAGGAGACCAAGGCCAUGGAGAGCCAGCGUGCCUAUCGCUUCGUGCAAGGCAAGGACUGGGGCUUCAAGAAGUUCAUCAGGAGAGAUUUCCUGCUGGACGAGGCCAACGGGCUCCUGCCAGACGACAAACUGACCCUGUUCUGUGAGGUGAGCGUGGUGCAGGACUCGGUGAACAUCUCGGGCCAGAACACCAUGAACAUGGUGAAGGUGCCCGAGUGCCGCCUGGCCGACGAGCUGGGCGGGCUCUGGGAGAACUCGCGCUUCACCGACUGCUGCCUCUGCGUGGCCGGCCAGGAGUUCAAGGGCCACAAAGCCAUCCUGGCAGCGCGCUCCCCCGUGUUCAGCGCCAUGUUCGAGCACGAGAUGGAGGAGAGCAAAAAGAACCGGGUGGAGAUCAACGACGUGGAGCCCGAGGUUUUUAAGGAAAUGAUGUGUUUCAUUUACACUGGGAAGGCCCCAAACCUGGACAAGAUGGCUGAUGACCUGCUGGCAGCUGCUGACAAGGUAACCUCGGGGUUUCUGGAGGCGCAGCCAGAAAACGGAGGUGAACACGAGUUUUUCCUCUUCAAACAAUAA